AUGAUUGCUGGAGUGCUGGGAGGUAAUGCCGGAGGGGCAAGGAUUGGUGCUGACAGGCAAUUGGGGAGUUCUCAGAGGAACAAUCCUCCAUUGUUCAAGGGCACGCAUGAUCUAGAAGAAGCUGAUGACUGGUGGGUUACUACGAGAGCUGAGCUGGACGCUGGUAUAACUAUUACUUGGGCUAUAUUCAAGAGGGAAUUUCUGAGGAAAUACUUUCCUGAAGAUAUUCGGGGAAGGAAGGAGAUUGAGUUUCUGGAGCUGAAGCAGGACAAUAUGACAGUUCCAGAGUAUGCUGUCAAGUUUGCGGAAUUGGCGAAGUAUUACACUCCUUACAACAAUGAUGAGGCUGGUGAAUUUUCGAAAUGCACCAAAUUAGAGAAUGGCCUCUAUGAUGAAAUCAAGCAAGGUAUCAGGUAUCAGAGGAUCCGACAGUUUGUUGAUUUGGUUGACUGUAGCAGGAUAUUUGAAGAGGAUAACAUCAAGAUGAAGUCAUCUCACUCUCGCGAGUUAGUUGACAGAAAAGGUAAGAAGCAUAUGGAUAGAGGAAAGCCAUAUGGGAGAGGUAAAGCUGUUGAUGGGAAGAAGCCUAGUGGGGGAGACUCCAAUGCUCUUGUCAGAUGCUACAACUGUGGCGAGAUGGGACAUCGUAGGCAUGAAUGUAAGCUUGAUCAAAAGAAGUGUUUCAAGUGUGAUAAAGUGGGCCAUAUUGCAGCUGAUUGUAAGAAGAAGACGAUGUUGUUUCCUGAAGCUGUUAGUGCUAAUGAUCUGAACAUGACAGCUAGACAAGUGAAUGAAGCCAUUAAAGACAGUGCAACAAUAUUUAUGUUUGUUGCAUUGAUGAACUUGAAAGAGAAAGUGUCCAGUGUCGAUGGCACCGUAUUGUAUGUCACCAUUUGA